AUGGCGCGACGGGUGCGGGCCGCGGCCGGCCGCAGCGCCGCGGCGUCCGCAGUGCCGCGCACCGCGCCGCCGCCGCUGCACCGAGUCCCGCGCGAGCAGCGACAAGUUCCGCGAGCCGAGAGUGCCGCGCGCUGUGCUAGUGCUGUGCCUUACCGCUCGUUGCUCGUGCUCUUCGCGGCUCUCAGUGUUCGUGUUAGUGCUUUGUGUCCCGACUGUCUCUCGGAUUCACAUAUUGUGUAUUUGUGCGGAGUGUGCUCUACCUUGGCUUGGACUUCUAAAGAGGGCGUGCCGCUGGCAUCACGCAAUCUGCCCGCGUCGUUCUUUAAUGCGGCGGCUGCUGCCGGCCUCGCUUCCUGCGCAGUCGACCUCUACGACUACGAUCCCUGGCAUCAGCACUACGGGGGGUACGGACAUGCGCACCGACACGCCGCGGAGUACCACAACAUGGCGGCGGCGGCACACCACAACAUGGCGGCGGCGGGCUACGGCGGGCUGCUGCUGUCGCGCGGCGUGCCGCAGUACAAGCCGGUCGAAUGGGGGCAGCACGCGCAGCUGGACGCGGCGCACGCGCACCACGCGCCGCACGCGCCUCACCCCGCCGCCUGUGCGCCCUACUCCUACCCACCCGUACCCGGUCUGGAGGCGCAAGUCCAGGACACGUCCAAAGACCUGUACUGGUUCUGAGACCAGCGGCAGUCAGCCGCAGUUACCGCAGCGGCCUAAGGUCCCCUGCGUUGCUCGCGACUCACCGACACUGAACAUCAAGCGUGUGAUCACGAACAUGUUGAACAAGCAGUGCGCGUUACACGUAAUGCAACGCUAUAUUGUGAGUGUGCAGUGAUCUAAAGUACUGUAAGCAGUGUGGAACGUUUGUGCAGACAUUUUGAGAAGUGCAUGUCUCAUACUUUCGCCACUUCACUCUUGCACAUUAUCAAGAAAUUACCGAUAUUUGAUGACGCAUGAGGUACAGAUUCUCGCGGGAUCCGUCAAGUGCGUAGUGCUGAUAUAUAGCAAUAUAUAGUACACUUAAAAAUUGUUAUAUUGUCAUCACUCAAUCCACUCUCGCCCAUGUAUAAAUUGCGCAGAAAAAACAGAAGUGUUCGGCAGUUAUAGUUGGCGAAAUAUUGUUUGCACCAAUUCGUCUUACUGCUUCAUUUUUAGAUUACAAUAGGACAGAAGAGUGGACAAUUUCAGUAACGCACGUGUUAUCUGCAUAGUGCAAACAAGUAGUUAUACUUUUUCAUCACAUUUGCUCGUAAAUAGUAAGAUUGCAUGGUGGCUAUCUUGACUAUAAUGCUCCAAAUAAAACCCUCGGGUCUUUUUCUUUUCAUUAUAGCCGUGGUCGGUAAAGAGUAUUUGUAGCACGACAUAUUUCCUUACAUAGGUCAGGUUGAACUUGAUCAAGCAAGGGGGUUACUUAAAAAAACUGAGACAUUCGCUUA